UAUAUAUUAAAUUUGCCCUCAACUUGAGGUAGUGUAACUAGCCCUUUGAGGGUCGAUUCCGUAAAUAUACGGCGCCGCGAACAGGUCCGAAAGUGAUCUAUUUAGGGCGCCGUCUGUACGUUUAAAACGCGCGCUAAUUUCCUAACUUUUUCUUGCCUGGCAUGUGCUGCCACUAUGUGGGAAUACAUGCAAUUUUUUUCUCGCGUCUCUCUCUUUCUGUUUUGGUUGUAAAGUUUUUUUUUUUUUUUUUUUUUUUUUUGCUGCGGAGCGUCUGCUAUCGCUCGCGCAUUGGCGCCCUCGCGGGCGCGCGGCGGCUGGUUUUGGUUUUGUUCCGCACGCGGUUUCGGCUUCUUUCGCUCGCAAAACUGAUGGCUAUCUCGUUCUUAUCACUCAAAGGGUGACCGCCUGUUACUCGCUCAUUUGUUGCUCACAGGGGUCCGCAUAUGAAGGAUGCCGCCGUGCAUGCGUUUCCUUUUUUGGCACUUUAUUCAGAAGUUGCCUCCCACGGCUGCUCAGGGAAGCAGUACCCAGAGGAGGUGCCAUGUCCGCGCCAACACCACUCGGCAGCAAAAAUAUCGCGAGGACACAAGAAAAAGAAAGCGCCAGGAGCAAAAGAUAGAGGAGGCACGACAGAUACCCAGUUGUGACAGUCAAGAAACAGGGUGUGUCACAAGCCCCGAACCACAGAUUUCGGACAGCCCGCCUCACAGUGACAACUUAAGUGCGUCCGCCUGCAACCAGUGUGCAGAUGACGUACACCGUGUCGAUGCCUCAACAAUGACGGAAGGCGGCAGCGCUACUUUCAGCAUGAACUUCACAUUUAUAUCAGAGCUGUGCGAUGGAAAUGCGUCAUCCUACAUCAGUCACAAAGAAGUGUGCAGCACAGGCUUGGGCAGCUCAUGCAGUCCGGGCUUUUCAGACAAAAGCACUGGGCUGGCGUGCAAAGAGCCUUUCUUCGCAGGGUUCAGAUCUCUUCAGCAUGAUGAAAACGCCUUUCAUGCGUUUACAGCAAUUGAUUUUUCUUUAUUUGCUCUGCUGCUAAGCAUACUGCCACCUGCUCCAAAAAAGUUGAAUGAGCUCUCCAUUGAAGACAAGAUUCUGUUAUUUUUGAUCAAACUUAAGCAUGGGCUGCCAUUCUCCUUUCUCAGUGUUCUUUUUGGCAUCCACAAAACAACAGCGUCUCGUAUUUUCAAGGGUCUACUUGUUAACAUCCAUGCUGCUACAAGGAAAUGGCUAUACUGGCCAUCACAAGCAGCUGUUCUGGCCACUUUACCUCCAUGCUUCAAACUGCACUAUCCGAAAUGCAGAGUUGUCAUAGAUUGCACCGAACUUGAAACGGAAGUGCCUCCAGGAAUUGAAAAACAAAACAUGUGGUAUUCGGACUACAAAGGAAGGCACACAAUCAAGUACCUUGUUGGAAUAGUUCCGAAUGGGCUUAUCACUUUUCUUUCAAAGGGGUUUGGAGGUAGAACGAGUGAUGGAACGCUAACUGUUGAAUCAGGUUUUUUGUCCCUUCUUGAACCAGGAGAUGUCGUCUUAGCCGAUAAAGGAUUUCCAGGCAUAAAAACAGGUGUUGGCGCGCAGGAUGCUACGUUGGUGAUGCCACCUUUUGCUACCAGCCGACAAUUCACGGAGUCUGAAGUGGAUGCCACAUAUGAAACCGCCUCCGUGCGCAUUCAUGUUGAAAGAGUAAUUCAGAGGCUCAAAAUUUAUGAUAUCAUUACACGCAGGAUACCACACGAGCUGACUGGCUAUGCUGAUGAGAUUCUUCACGUGCUAGCAGUGCUAACAAACCUGAAGAAACCUAUUUUUGCCAAACUACAGAAAUAAUAAGGCAGGAAAAAGGGGGAAAGGUUUAUUGCACAAUUUUCAUAUAGACACAAAGGCUUAAAAUGACUAGCUUUACUGCGACAUAUAAGACUGUACAUGUCUGUAUAAAAUGUACCAAAUGUGUAAAAAUAAAUAAUGUUAUUAAAAGGCACUGUUGUCUAUGUUCUAUAUUGCGAAUGCGAUGGCGUGGUACUUGUAACUAAUAUAUUACCUCUGUUCUUGGACAGUGCUAAAAGAUGUAAACACCUCAGAUGUCGGCACAUUCAUGCAAUGCUCUGAGAAAAUGCUCAAAAUAGAAGUUUCGCAGCUUGGGCACUGCCGACGACAGGAACGCAUCGUCUCUUCUUACUUUGAUAGUGAGCGAGUCCACUUCUGUGUGUAUGUAAAAGUAACAGUACUCCAAACCGAGCACGUGUAAGCACACUUGUACUUGUGUGAAGUAAGAAUGGCUGCGUCUCAAAUCCAGAAUGUGUUGACCGCACAGGUAUUUCAGCAGUGGCCUCUUGGUCAAGCUCUGUUGCCGUCUUGAAAACGGACACUCGAUUUCCAGUAGCACUGCGCUGCCGUCUUCAUCCCUGAAAGUUUGAGUUUCUAUUGCAAAGAAUAACCCGAUAAAAGUGGUUACCUGAAAAUGCCGUCGGGGGAGCACGCAAGCCAUGGCUCUCCAGGACAAACUACCAGGCCGAAUUGGGCGACAUUCACGUUGCGCUUCUUUUCAAACGCCUUACGAGCUGAUGGCUCCUUCAACAGUCCGUACUGCACCUCGUAGCCUGUGUAGGGCACCUCGGUAACAAUGGUCUUUGCACGCUCAUAGAGGUUGUUACGGCAGGUAAGAAUCCUGUGAGCCUGCAGAAGAGAAGGCAAGGAAAAACCACGUUCGUAUCAGAGUAAUGAGUUUGUUUAAGGGUAAGGAAAUUGGACCAACUGCUAGGUACUUCUCCGUACUUUUGUCGCAGUAAUUCUAGGAAACCUUUCAUUAGCCCAAAGACGACGGUCAAGCGCCGUCCUAGCUGACAGGUCAGGUACAUCUUCAGGCGGCACAGCGACGUGGCGCUGGUAUACUCGUAGCUCCGGUCCUGACAACCUAUGGGAGGCAUUGCAAGUCAGACACUACAGAAGUUACCACAACUUUAUUUGUGUUUAAAUUAGGUUCUUUAAGAGAAGAAAAAGAUAUAAAACCUAAUUACUG